AUGGCCCCAGGACUUGCUCAUGAUGGCGACGUUUCAACAGGCAACAUCACCAAGCCCACGGUCUACGUUCUCGACAAAUUCAACGAGCAAGCCAUUGCUCAUGCCAGGACAAUUUUCAACGCUAUCCUUCCUGGAGAUGAAGGCUUCUCCAACUGGCGACAAAAGGCAUCUGCAUUGUUGAUCCGAGGAUCGUAUUUGACCGCCGAAGAUAUCGCCAGUUGCCCUAACCUUAUCGCCAUUGGCAAGCAUGGAGUCGGUAUUGACAAGAUCGAUCAGACUGCUUGUGCCAAGAGGGGUAUCAAGAUCUGCAACACUCCUGGUGCCAAUGCCCGUGACGUUGCGGAACUGGUCCUUGCACUCAGUAUGACGGUUGCUCGAGAUAUCCGUUCCAUCACUUCUCGUCAAAUGACCAGGCCGGUGCCGAAGGAGACCUGUAACGGGCUGACUCUUCACAAGAAAACACUUGGCAUCAUUGGCAUGGGUAACAUCGGACGCACCGUCGCGGAGAUUUUCCGCGGAGCCUUCGAGGCCGAUGUCGUGGCAUAUGAUGUCUUCAUGCCAGACAACGCAUGGCCUCACAUUCCCCACCAGCGAUUCGACAAUGUCCAAGAAGUAAUCAAGAGAGCGGAUGUCUUAUCCAUUCAUGUUCCCCUGAACGAAGAGACGCGCGAUAUGAUCUCUUACAGAGAAAUCAAAAUGAUGAAGUCGGAUGCAAUCUUAAUCAACGCUGCUCGAGGCGGCAUCGUUAACGAGGCUGACCUCACAAUGGCUCUGUCUGAGGGCCAUCUUUGGGGUGCAGGUCUAGAUUGCCAUGAACAAGAACCUCCUACUCACGACAGGUAUGGUGCGCUGUGGGAGAACUUGAAUGUUGUCAGCACGCCGCAUAUUGGAGCUGCAACAACUCAGGCACAAACUGCGAGUGCAAUGGCUGCUGUCAACAACCUAUAUGAGUAUUUGAUGAGUGCUCAAGGCCAAAUUGCAGAACAAAGGUAA